GACCCACGAUUAUCAGCUUUAAUUUUCGACAAGCUUCAAGUGCCUGACUAUUUACAGAAAAACAGGAAUGAAGGAGAGAGCAGAUGUGAAACUUGUGCCACUCACUUGAAUCAGCUGAAGCAGGAAGCCAUUCAGAUGACGCACACCCUCACUCAAGCCAGCUACCCAGAGAUGCCCGACCUCCCGCCCAGCGCCGGCGCGGUGGCCAGCAUGGUACCCAGGAUGGUCACAGUCUCUUCUCAAAGAGACCUGCCGCUCAUUGCUGGGCAGGUGGGCAGGCAGCCUGGAAAGCCGCCGAAUCUCUUCUCUGGAGCAGAGAGGAAGAAGGGACUUGGGUGGUCUCAAGGUGCGGGCAGUUUUCCAAACUCCAGCGUUCAAGUGACGGUGGCCCCCAGCGGUCUCAGCGGUGCUCUGAGCUCGGUCACCAUCCAAGCUCAGCAGUACCUCGAGGGCAUGUGGAGUAUCUCCAGGGUGAACAGCUUCCUGCCUCAGGCUUGUCUAGUAAGUAAAACAGCACCAGAAAGUGGCCGGGAUGGUCCUAAUGUUCAGAUGGGCUCAGGGCAUAACAACUCCGACCCCGUGGGAGCAGGCGGCUCGGCAGCUUCCCAGAGCCUGGUUGCCCCAGCCGGAGUCUCGGCAGGUACCUCAGCUGCAGCUUCGUUCUUCAUAAGAGCAGCACAGAAGCUUAACCUGUCUUCGAAGAGAAAGAAAUACCAUCCGCCCCUGCCACACACACACGACUUCUCUAUUUAUGCUACUAACUUUAGUGGCAUCCUGCAGCUCUGUCCUCCCCCAGCACCACCAUGCCUUCUGAGAGCUGUGUCCAAAAUCAAGGACAACCCUGGCAUUGGAAAGGUGAAAGUGAUGGUGAGGAUUUGUCCCUCUCAAGGAGCACAUGAAACAUCUGAAUCCAUGUCCUUUCUAAAGGUAGACCCACGAAAAAAGCAAAUCACGUUUUAUGAUCCAGCAGCAAGUGGGCCUUCCAAUGCAGGUCAUAGAAGAGGCGUUGUUGCUGUCCCAAAGAUGUUUGCCUUUGAUGCUGUUUUCCCCCAGGAUGCUUCGCAGGCUGAGGUAUGCUCUGGAACAGUAGCAGAAGUAAUCCAGUCUGUUGUGAAUGGUGCAGAUGGUUGCAUAUUUUGCUUCGGUCAUGUCAAGCUUGGAAAAUCUUUUACGAUGAUUGGGAAAGAUAAUUCCACACAAAGCCUUGGUAUCAUCCCCUGUGCGAUUUCUUGGCUCUUCAAAUUAAUCAAUGAACGUAAAGAAAAAACUGGGACUCGUUUCUCCAUUAGAGUAUCUGCUGUGGAGAUCAGUGGCAAAGAUGAAAACCUUAAGGAUUUGUUAGCUGAAGUAGCCACUGGCAGCCUUCAGGAUGGCCAGUCUCCCGGGGUUUAUCUGAGAGAAGAUCCGAUAUGUGGAACCCAGCUUCAAAACCAAAGUGAGCUAAGGGCUCCGACAGCAGAGAAAGCUGCCUUUUUCCUUGAUGCUGCAAUUGCUGCCAGAAGUACCAGCAAGCCUGAAUGUGAGGAAGAAGAUAGGAGGAAUUCGCAUAUGCUCUUUACUCUUCACAUCUACCAGUAUCGCAUGGAGAAGAGUGGCAAAGGAGGAAUGUCUGGAGGACGCAGCCGUUUGCAUCUCAUUGAUCUAGGGAGCUGUGAAAAAGUGCUGAGCAAGAGCCGAGAUGGAGGAGGCUCUCUGUGUCUGUCUCUCUCUGCCCUGGGCAAUGUAAUUUUGGCCUUAAUUAAUGGUGCUAAGCAUGUGCCAUAUAAGGACAACAAGUUGACGAUGCUUUUGAGGGAAUCACUUGGCAACAUCAACUGCAGAACUACUAUGAUUGCACAUAUUUCUGACUCCCCAGCCAAUUACGCAGAAACUCUUACCACCAUUCAGCUUGCAUCGCGAAUCCACCGAAUGAGAAAGAAGAAAUCCAAGUAUGCAUCCAGCUCGUCUGGAGGAGAGAGUUCAUGUGAAGAAGGACAUGUCCGAAGACCACCCCAUUUGCGACCAUUCCACCCACGAACUGUUGCCCUUGACCCUGACCUUCCUGUCCUGAGUAUAUCUAGUGAUCCUGAUUAUUCCUCCAGCAGCGAACAGUCUUGUGAUACUGUCAUCUAUGUUGGUCCCAAUGGUGCAGCUUUGUCUGACAGGGAAUUGACAGAUAAUGAAGGUCCUCCAGAGUUUGUUCCCAUAAUCCCAUCCCUAAACAAGAAGAGAAGUAAAGACAAUUCUGCUAUUGGUAGGAGUUCUGACAAGGACCAUUUUAAAUGCAACACUUUUGCUGAACUGCAAGAAAGGUUAGAGUGCAUUGAUGGAAGUGAGGAACCCAUCAAAUUGGCUUGUGGAGAAAUCUCUCUUGUGUCCAAUUGUAGUCCAGUCCCUGGAGCUACAGAAAAUGCACAGUCUAAGCUGAUAAAGGAAAAAAUAUCUUCUCCUUCUGGAGGAUUUAAGAAACCAGUUCCACAAGGUACUGUGUCUCCCAAAAAAGGGCAUAACCUUCCUUUCCAAGCUGUUGCACCAAGGGGUAGCAAUGGCAAUUUUCAUGAAAAGAGCACACCUCACUUGAAAACAGAGCUCUCCAAGCCACAGAGCAGAGCUGAAGACAAAAUAAUAGACUUGAUACUGGAGUUGGAGGGAGAGAGAGAGACAAUCACCGAUUCCCUGCAAUCUUCAAGGUGUAGCCCUUCAAGGAAUCCAGAGCAGAAUAAGGCCACAGCUGAAUGUGUGAUUAAGGAAAAGUCCUUGUAUGUGAAGAGACCCUUGCCAAGCCCAGCACCUCCACCUCCACAGCAGAAAGAGCAUGUACUGAGCUCCAAAGCUGAGAAUUUGGAGCUCGACAAUAGCAAUGCAGUUCGGACUCCUCCUGUGGGAAUGAGCAAGCAGAUGGGAAACAAACCUGAGCAAAACCCUGUAGGAAGCACAUUCCUAGUUGGUAGCAACACCCAGAAUCAGUCAGGUGCAAUAGAGGUACACAGCUUCAGGUCAGCGUUCAGAGGGAAAUGUUUUGAUCGGGAUAUACUAACCACCACGGUGACUUUGCAGCAACCUGUUGAGCUGAAUGGAGAGGAUGAGCUUGUUUUCACCGUGGUGGAAGAACUAUCCAUUAGUGGCAUUAUGGAUAAUGGAAGACCUUCCAGUAUCAUUAGCUUUAACAGCGACUGCUCCCUUCAGGCCCUUGCAUCAGGUUCGAGGCCGGUCAGUAUUAUUAGCAGCAUAAAUGAUGAGUUUGAUGCUUAUACCUCACAGGAGACUUCUACUGGUGUAAAUAUUGAUAUUGUUGUGCCCUUUGCUAAGGAUCCCUUUACCAGCAGCAGACGUUCCUCCAUCAGUUCGUGGCUUAGUGAAGUCAGCAUCUGUACAAUCGAAAGUGAUGGAGCCCAGUCUAGUGACAGUUUUGUCGCACAGUCAUCUUACAGCUGUAGUAAGUCCGAGGAGCCCUUCAACUUGGAUUCAUCCCAUUUAUCCGUCCCCCUGAAAAGCGCUCUGAAUGACAGUGGAUUUUGCUUCUCUGAACUGGAGAGUGAGAGCCUGAGUUCCAGCAAGCUGUCGUCAGGCAUCAGCAGAAGCCCUCAAACCUCUGAAACUACCAAAGCAGCUCAGAUAAAAAGUGCUUUUUGUGUCACUGAUCAGCCUGUAAAAAUAAAAUUUAGUAACUCUUGUGAGACGCCUGUGAUAGAAACAAUACAUUCUAGUCUUCCUAGGAAAACAAAAACUACCUCGUCUCCAAUCCACAAUAAUACUGUCCUCAGCUAUAAAGAGCUGCAGAACCCACAUGGUAUAUUUGAAGAUCCCUGGUUGUUGCGCACCGAUUAUCAGCUGGAAGCAAAACCUGCAGACUCGCUGCUGUCUCCAAAAUCUCACACAUUUGGUACUGAGAAGCAGCCAGGAAAACCUGCCCAGUAUUUUGGUGCAGCAUCCAGGCCAACGAAGUCGCAGACUAUGCUCGCCUGUUCGCAGAGGGUUGUGGAUGGUUGUGAAAUGGCCUGCAAAUCCUCAAGCGGAGCUGCAAAGAAGUCAGAAGUUGUGAUGAAGAUGCCACAGCUGAAGAGAGGAGCCACCACGCUGGGAGUGAUGCCAGUGUCACAUGCUAACAGUACUUUGUCGGAGGCUGUGACCCGAGGGAAUUCAGAUGCUUCUUUGGCCACUGGCAGCUUGAAAUCAUCACUGGGAAAGAAGAGUGCACCACAGAAAUCGACCAUGUUGCCCAGGCCAGGUGGGCCGACACCUCCAACACCUCCUGUACGCAAAUCGAGCCUGGAGCAGAAACCUGUUGGUCUGGGUAAUGGUGGGGGAAAAGCCUCCGGCUUGGACUUUGCCAGAGCUGCCACGCCAAAGGCCGAAGACGAAACAGAUUUCCGGUUGAAAGCUGGGUCUUACUUUAGUGAAAGUGCCACCAGCAAAAUGAACCUGAAAGGCGACCACUCUUUGCCCAAGAUGACGUCCAGCUUAAAGGUGAAGGCAUCGAAGAGUGAAGCCGUGCACCGUUACGGGAGCCACAUGUCCCUGGAGAGGUGUGACAGCCUGACGUCAGUCGGAUCCAAAGCAAGUGUGGCGAGGGAGAAUGGGAGCACCAGCAACAGCCGGGCAGGGCGCUCCGUCCCCAGGCUGGGGGUCCCCCCUGUUGCCUCUGGUGUGGGUUUACCACCGCCCUUCACUACCCCUGUGCCCAGUAAAAACAGCCAGGCAAAACCCACAGCUAACCAGAAGGUGCAAGCUAACGGGAACAAAAACCGGGGCCUCUCCACCAGCGGGUCGAAGUCUCUCAGUUCCUCUGUGAAGUCCUUGGCACAGCCUGCGGUGAAGGGCUCUGGCAUGGCCCCCAGCGGGAAGGUGGCCCCCCGCUCCAUGCAGCCUGUCAGUGGCAAACCUGGCCGAGGGACCAUCAUGGGGACCAAGCAGGCCAUGAGGGCAGCCAACAGCCGUGUGAACGAGCUGGUGUCAGGUGGCUCUGCCAAGACGGGCCACUUCCGAGGCUCCACUGACUCCGACAGUGGCAACGACAGCGGCAUUAACCUCAGUGAUGAGAAGUCGCAAAUCCCGGUGCUGCCAUCUCCAUACAGUAAGAUAACGGCGCCGCGGCGGCCUCAGCGGUACAGCAGCGGGCAUGGCAGCGACAACAGCAGCGUCCUAAGCGGGGAGCUGCCACCAGCCAUGGGGAGGACGGCUCUGUUUUAUCACAGCGGCGGCAGCAGCGGCUAUGAGAGCAUGAUUCGGGACAGCGAGGCCACUGGCAGUGCCUCCUCAGCACACGACUCUAUGAGCGAAAGCGGGAUGUCAUCGCCAGGCCGGAUGAGGAGCCUCAAGUCCCCCAAGAAACGAUCAACAGGUCUCCAGCGCCGUAGACUUAUUCCUGCUCCAUUGCCAGAUGCUGCCUCCCUCGGAAGAAAACCCAGCGUCACUGGCCAGUGGGUUGAUCUACCACCUUUGCCAGGCACUUUAAAAGAGCCAUUUGAAAUUAAAGUUUAUGAGAUAGAUGAUGUGGAACGAUUACAGCGACACAGACAAGAAGAAACUGAGCCUUUCCAGGAUGUUGAGAAGGGUCUGAUGUAUUUCCAUACCAAGCUGAAGAUACUAGAAAGGCGCCAGCAGCGAAUCAGAGAAGUAAAGGCGAAGCAUGAUUUUUUGAAGGAAGAGUUGGAAGAGACAAAGUGCAGGUUGAUGAUGGAUCCAAAUAAGUGGAAAGAUGACUUUGAAGUGGAUUCUGAUCUCGAUAAGGAGUCACAGGAGUACCUGGAGGCACUGGAACAAGUGACAGAGGAACUGGAGCAGUGUGUUAAUCUGUGCAAGUCACAUAUCAUGAUAGUGACGUGUUUUGAUAUUGGAAUAACAGAUGCACAAGAUGGAGUAAGGGAAGUGGAGGUUUGAAGAGAGGUUUUUCAAGUGACUGAAGGAAGUGAAGCUGGAUCGUCCGACAUGAAGAAGUAAAGAGAUUAAGUAGCUGGGAAGUGAAGGAGGAAAGGUGAAGCCUAAAAAGCAACAAUGAAUGUUGUAAGAGAAAGAAACAGCUGAGGGAUGGGAAUGUUCAUAAAUCAUUUGGUGCCUCAACGUGACCUGAACUGUACAAAGAUAAAAGUAGGAUCAAGUAUUGCUUCUGCCAGAGGGAAGCGAAGUGUAGUACAAACCAAGAUGUUAAUUAACAAACAAACAAACAUACAAUGGAAGUGCCUUUAAAGUUAAUUUGAUUUUCAUUUUUGUAUUUGGUGCUAGAAUUAAAGCCAGCAAACCUAAGGAGAC